UUACAUUCAGUUAAUCGCUCACUUGUCUGUGAUAUAGUGUAAACAAUCUGUAGAGAAAAUUGUUCGUGUUUUCGUUCGGAAGAUUUUUUUGCGAGUAUUGAAAUUGAAGUGGCUACAAUUUUUUUUCAUCCUUGAAUUAAACAUAGGUUUGUGCUUUAGGUUGAAGCAAUUUCUGGCAAUAUCACCGCAAUUUUUGCCUUUCUGUCCUUUGUUUUCUCUGAAGUCUGCUAGACUUUCUUUUUGCAAGCGUGAGAAAAAUCGCAAUAUUUUGUAAAUAAUGAGAAGAAUAGUUGCUUCCGGUAAGGUCUAAUUACUUAUGUAGUAUGGAGUAGAUUCUAAUAGUGUUAAUUUAUUGUCGUCGUUUAAAAGUGUAGUGCCUAAUGAAGUGAUUAUUUAAAACUGUAGUUACUAUGAUUAAAAUAUUUAGGAAUACUUAUUCAUCGAAUAGACGUAGUGCAUUUUAGUUAUAUGAAAUGAUUACACCAACUGACAUAAUGGCUUCAGCUUCAGAUAUACAAGGAUUCCUGAAUGGACCUUUAGUAUGCUGGCUGCGAUCGUGUAUCCCAGAUAUAGACAACAAACUAAUUGCAUACGAGAAUUAUUUUGAUGGAUUCCCUUUCCGUGAUGUACUUCUCAAAAUUGAUCCAGAUCCAUCUGAACCUGUGCCUGCUUUAGCUUCGUUCCAUGAUAAGGAUAUCCUGAGUGCAAGAAUCCAAAUAUUUCAUGUUAUACUCAGCAACAUUCAGACAAUAUACUUGACCGAGCUGAAUCAAGUGGUGGUGAAAUUGCCGGAUAUCAUUGUCAUGGCAACGGAACCGUCUUCACUACUUGGCCUACAGCAGCUGGAGCUCAUGCUCCUGCUUCUGUUGGGAAUUGCUGUUCAAGGACCCACGAGGGAUUUCUUCGUGAAUCGAAUUCAACAGCUGGGGAAUGAUGAUCAAGUUGCCAUAGCACACGCCAUAACACAGGUAACCGAAGGCAAUAACCUAACAGUCUCCUUCGACGUGGACGAAGCUCGUCCGAUGGAGUGCUACCUCAUCUACCUCAAGACCGUAAUUGAGGACAGGAACAUCAUGCUGAGCCGUUGGGUGGAGGAGUUCAGGAGGAGAAUCGAAGGAAACAGUUCAGGACAAGGAGAUUGCACGGCUACCGAGGCUAGCCAUUAUGGUGUGGAGAUCGUCGACCUGAAGUCCCAGAUCAGGAGACUUCGCCAGUCCGCAGACGAGAAAAGUGACCAUAUAAUAGAGCUUGAAGCUGAGUUGCGGAGGCUAACGGACCUGAACACUAAAGUACAAACCGAUAACAACAAACUCAUUAUCGAAAAAAUCAAAGCUGACAGGUCUCAAGACGAAUGGGAUGCCCUCACAGAGAAGGUCAAAGAAGUAGAAGAGCUCCAAAACGAAAUUGGUACCUUGAGGAAGAAUUUGAUUGACGCCAAAUGUACCAAGCUUAGAUUAGAUGAACUUUUUUCCGACAAUAAGCUCCUUGAGCGUAGUAUUGAGGCUAUGGAAGUCCAGAUGGAAGAAGCUAGGAAGAAGGCGAUGAGGAUCUUCGAAGUAGAAGGAAAACUCUUAUCCGCUCAAAAGACCAUAGAUAUCCAAGAGUUGGAUCUCAACGCUGCCAAAGCCAAAAUCCAAGAACUAGAAGAACGCAAUGCCGAACUCCAACUGUUGUACAAAAACAAAGUCCUCGAGAGUGAGAUAGUAGAGGGAGAAGAUGAUGAGGACGUUCCCAACACAACAACAAGGUUUCAGGAGUUCGACUUCUGCAACAGCACAAGCAUAGGUGAAGAGUUGAACAACAACGCACGUAGGAAGGCUCUAGAAUUGCAGAUUGAGAAUCAACAGCUCCAAGCUGCCCUCGACGAUAUCAAGCACAAGGACUUUUAUGAGAAUAGAGACAAGGUGCGCGAACUCGAAAAGGACAAGAAGAUGUUGAGCAUGGAAUUGGAGAAGGUCAAACCACAACUCGAGAAUCUUAAAAAGUAUGCUGAAGAUAUAGAGGCGGUGAUGAAGAAAGCCGUCCAGGAGAGCGUUGAGAUGCAAAGGGAGAUCAAGGAAUUGAAGGAUCUCAACGAAAAACAGAAUGAGCUUUUACAGUUCGAGAAGUCAAGGAAUGAGGAACUUCGGGAUGCUCUAAAACACUGCACUGCUGAGAGAGAUAGAAAUAACUUGCUUCUUCAGUCCUUUAAAUUUAAGACUGAGAGAACUGAUAAGUGGACUUCUGAACUUCGUGAGUCAAUAGUUGACCUCAAAAGGGAACUUGAGAUGGGUAAGAUGGUGGAAAAGGAAAAACAAGAUUUAAUAUGGAAAAAAGGAUGCCUAGAGAAAGAUAUUGUUAAUUUACAUAAAGAAGUGGAAAACCUCAAGGAAUUAUUGGAGAUGAAGAGUAUGGACGUUGAUCAAAGAACAGAUAAGAUAACCAUACUAGAGCGACAAGUGGAAACUCUAAUAAAGCAAAAAAGAGAGUUGAUGGAACAGGUAGGGAAGUUGCAGGAUUGCGAGAGAAAAGCUCAGGAACUGUUGUCUCAGGCAGCUGUACACUCCGAGACUAUAACUACCUUGCAGAGAGACUUGGUCACCGAAAAAGUUACGAACGAAAAAUUCAGAACCAACAUGGAAAAACUUGGCCUCACCUUGGAUGUCCUGGACAAUGACAUCAACGUAAUUUUGGAAACGAUGUUGGAGAAUUCGGAGGUGUUCAGAACUCUGACCGACAUUUAUAAGACCAAGGAGGGUGACGUUCUAGACGUGGACAAGCAUUUGGAGGAGAUGGCUAGUUCUUUAACGGAGGAGUGGAGGCAGCAAGUUGAGAAGUUGGAGGAAGAGAUUUCAGUUUUGCAAGGCUCAAAUAAAACUUUGCAAACAGAGAAUGCCAGCCUGAAGGUUGAUAUUUCCACUUUCAAAUCCCAGUUGCAAAGUUUGCAGAUGCAACAGACUGCUUUGCAGUUGGCAAACAGUCAAUUGGUGGCCGAGAAGGAAGAUUUGUCUCGUUUGAAUCUCGUUCAACAGAAUCAGCACAGGACACUGUCUCAGGACCAAAGUCUACUCCGUAACAUCCAUGCCGAACUAACUGCUGAAUACGAGAAGUUGCUCGAAGAGAAAGAAAGCCUAAAGAAGAACAACAGGGACUUGAAGACUGAAGCGCGAACAUACAACGAGAAAUUGGAAAGUUUGGAAAGUAAGAUUAAAACGGUGGAACAAGAAAGAGAUCUAGCCAAAGAUGAUUCCAAGCACCUUUCGUUCUUGAGGUCAGAACAUUCGAAACUCAAGGCUGACUUCAGAACUUUGCUGUCGACUAGCGAAAGGUUCAAAGUGGAAUGUAAGACGUCACGUGAAGAACUGCAUACUCUACGAGCGGAAUUCAGGGAAAUGAGGUCGACCAACACUGAGAUGAAAUCCGAACUGCUUAAUAAGACUGAUGCGAUAACAAACCUGCAGUUGGAAAAUGCAGUGUUGCAGCAAAAAUGCGAGAUGCUGCAGGACAAUCUGAACAAGCUGGAUGCAACUAGGAUCAAUCUACUGGAAAGUUAUUCCGAAUUGUGUAGACAAAGUUUAACUUGUAUGGCUGAGUCCAUGGACAGACAGAGUCUUUCUCAAAUGGAAGCCAAGCGUCACUGGGAACAAUAUAACAACAUCCUAAGACAAAAAGACAAGUUGGAGGAGAAAAUCUUCGAUUUCUACAAGAAUCUUGGAAAUGCGAACCAAAAGAAGAGUGGGUUCGCUUCUCUGGUUCGAAGGGUCCGUAAAGCCGGAUCUGGGAUAAUGAACCGCAGUAGAAGUAACCGAAGGUCUUCCGAAGAAGAGACCACUCCCACGAAAACCAUCCAGGCCGAGCCUCAGGUGGCAGGUCCCAGCGGCAGCGCCUCCGCCGAAUCUAACAACAGUUCCAACGGCAACGAGUCCGACAAUAGCAUAGAAGAGUUCCAAAGCGGUUUGGAACGUUCCAGGACCCCAAGGAGCAGUCUCCACGGUCAGCGACCAAGGGACGAGAUCGAGCUCAGGAGGUCGUUGAGACACUCGACAAAGAGGAGCAGCGUAGCAAGUGAAGAGCUACUUUUAAGGGAUAGUCCUAGCUUGGGGUCCAUAGGAUCUCGGAGAACAGUGUAUAUAUCGGAGGACGAGCCUGCUCCUUCCCCAUCGCCUAUUCAAUCGACUCCUCUGAGAGACGCCAAUCCCCCUCUUUUAGUAUACAAUAGGAUUUCGACUGUGAUAGGUGGCGACACACUCUGUACUUUAGGCAACCAAACUAAUCUACCGGAAAUCCCACGUGAAAACUCAGAUGGGAAAAAGCCAGUUAAUCCAAAAGAGACUGCUGUGUGGUACGAGUAUGGUUGUGUUUAGUUCGUUAACGUUUCACAAUGACGAACAAUAAAAUUCAUCACGUAGAUAUUAAUUCUUCCAAUUACGCUUGAAAACUAAAUCCUUAUAUUCAAGUAAUCGAUGUAUGCAUUAUUAGAUCAGUAUUAUAUUGUAUUUAUCGUAUUGUAUUGUAUUCACGAUUUGCUCGAAAGUUAAAUAUUCGGAGUUUUUUUUUCAUGAUUUAUUGUCGGAACGUAAAAUAUGGAAGAAUACUUUUCGUUCUAGGAAAGUGUGUUGUUUUGCGUGUGAAUUUCAUUGUUUAAGUAUUUCACUACGUGUUCCUUAAAUGUAUAUAAAGUAAUUUUAUUUUUGCUAUUCGUACUUAUAAAUCAGCACAACUUUAUUGAUUAUAUUAAGGUUUUAACUUCUGAUGAUUGUUUUGAUUCUACUGUUGACUGAGAUUUGUUGCAUUUUUCCUAUUUGAAGAUUUUUAUACUUAGUUUUGAUAAGAAAAGUUAACCAUAUGAUUUUCGAGCGGAAUCAAUAAGAUAUUCAUAAGUUAUUGCCUUUUAAAAGUGUAUAUACAUAUAUAUCAGUUGUCUGAGGAAAUUUUUAUCCUCUUUUUUUUAUACAUUGAUCUGUUAAUAAUUCUUACAACUAUAUAUUGAUAGGUUACCAAUUCUGUUAAUAUAUGCUUUGUAUAAAAUAAUUUUUUAAUGUCUUCAGCUGAAAUUGUGAUUAAGGGUUCAUCAUUUAUGAUGGACUCAAAUAAACGAAUUUAUUUAAA